GCCACAGCUGCCUGCAUUGAUCAUACGUUUCACUUACGGCGUAGGUAUCUAAAGCAGUUGUGAUUUUUAUUGUUAGGUAAACAGAAACUUAGUGUUUCGUACGUAGUUCUCUCGCAAAUCUCUCGCCAUGUUUUCAUAUUCUCCCGAUUGGUGGCUAAUAAAUGUCGCCACCUCUUGUAUAAUAAUUAUUUCAAUGGUCGCAUAUUUUUUUUGCACGUCAACUUUUGGAAAAUGGGAAAAACUCAACGUGCCUUAUGCCCGACCUAUACCGUUAUUUGGCAAUUUUCUGACCGUUGCUUUGGGAUCCGAACAUCCGGUAGACUUUUAUAAGAGAAUUUACAACGAAUUUGUGGGUCAUAAAUAUGUGGGACUGUUCCAAAUGAGGACACCGUAUUUGAUGAUUCGUGAUCCAGAAAUAAUCAACAGAGUACUCAUAAAAGACUUUUCGUAUUUCCCAGAUCAUGGCAUUUACUCGGAUUUCUCGGCGAACCCGUUGUCGAACAAUAUAUUCUUCAUAGAAAACCCCCAAUGGAAAAUGAUCAGGCACAAACUAAGUCCGGCGUUCAGUUCGAGCAAACUCAAGUUGAUGUACGAACAAAUCAAAGAAUGCGGUGAAGAACUUAUGAAAAACAUUAGUAAGAGUAUAUUGGAACACAACAACAACGAAAUGGAAGUGCUAGACGUCUUGGGAAAGUUUUCGACGGACGUUAUUGGUACAUGCGCUUUUGGCCUCAAGUUGAACGCUAUAAAUGAUGACAAUUCCGAAUUUCGUAAAUACGGAAAGACCUUAUUUAAACCAUCACUGAGAAUACUUUUUAGGGAAUUAUGUUUGAUGAUAAGUCCGGUACUUUUGAAAGUAAUAAAAUUAAAAGAUUUUCCGAUAGAAGCUUGUAAGUUUUUUCACUCGGCAUUUCACGAGACGAUAAGUUAUCGGGAAAAGAACAAUAUUGUCAGGAACGAUUUCGUUCAAGUUCUUAUGCAAACAAGACGUGAUUUGGUUCUCAACGAGAAUAUACAUCCAAGCGGUAAGAAAAGCUUUAAAAAAUAUCAUUAAAAAUGAAAUUUAAAAUAUAAAAAACCAUUUACACGUGUUGUCUUCUUGUAUUUUUUAGAAAAACUUACGGAAACACAUAUCGUAGCUAAUGCUUUUGUUAUGUUCCUUGCUGGAUCUGAAACAGUGUCUACAGCUUUGAGUUUUUGUUUGUAUGAAAUAGCAUUGAAGAAGGAUAUUCAAGAUAAAUGUCGCGAUGAAAUUAAAUCACAAUUAUUAAAAAAAAAUGGAGUAAUUGAUAAUGAAUUUUUGGCAGAUCUAAAUUAUUUAGAUAUGGUAUUGAAAGGUAAAUUUUAUUAUUUCAUGUAUAUUAAAUAUUGCAUUUUAUAAACAUACAAGCUAUUUCACCUGGCGUGUGCCAAUUUUUAAUUAUUUUUUCUUCAUACAAUACAUACCAUAUACAUAAUAAAAAUCUGCCCAUGACAACUUAGUUAACUAACAAUAUUUGUUUUUUUAUCCAUUUUAUCUAGGUUACCAAUAAAUAAAACAAAUUUUUAAUCUUCGUGCCAAAAGUACCUAAAAACCUGUAUUUGUGGGUGAUAGUAGUACUAUCAAAAAAUGUCAGAAACCUUUGCAAUUUGCGGCAGGGUAUAUUGCAACGUGCUAUUGAACUUCGGACCACUUUUGAACCACUUUUGCACUGUUGAAUGUUAUUUUUUGUAUCGUCGAUAUGUUAUGUGUCCUAACACAAGUGCUGUAGAGUGUUGCUAUUUGCAAAUAGAAAUAAUACAAAUAUCUCACAUUUGUAUUACAUGCUGUAAACGCAUGUCUCGUAGAUUUAAAUUAAUUUUUUCAAUAACUGUUUUUAAAUUGUUUCUUUUUACUCUUCGGGUUGUUCUCUUUCAAUGGAUAUGUAAAGAUAUUUUUGGAUUUCCCGUUGUCCUUUAUAUUUUUUCAUAACUAUUGUUCUUCGUUGUAGACAUAAAAUAUGAUUAAAAAUUAGAAAUUUCAAUGUAUCAAUCGUUCUCAAGAUUACGUUCAUGUAUUUGUUCACCGCUGACCAAAACAUAUAGUGGUGUUCGGUUGCUUAUAAGUGUUUAUUGCAUUAAAUAAAAUUUGUUAUUAUAGACAUUUUGAUUUAUGUAAUUAUUAUCUACUUGUUAUAUAACCGUUAUUAAUAGGUGAUAGAUGGGCCAGGGACGUAUUCAGUGGGGUUUUAGGGGGGAUAUUAACCAUGGGCACCACAUUUCUUGAGGGACCGUCAUCAUUAUAGACUUAUCUUGAUAAAUUAUCGAUUUUUUUUUUUAAAAAUAUUAACGCUUUUCAAUUUUUUUAAUUCGUUCAGCAGGGCUUAAAUAAUGUGUUUUGGAGCUCAAAGUAUGCGGUACACAAUAUAAAAUCUGCAUUUCGGAAUAUUCCAGUGCGUUGUAAAAAAAUGUAUUAUUAUGAAAUGGCGCUAAAAGACAAAUGCUAAUACUUAAAACCAAUAAAAGUUUUAAGGUAUUAUAGGUAUAUUUCAGUAAAUUAUAAAUUAUUUAGAGUUAUACGCGUGAUUUAUUUAAAAAUAUAUAAAUUGUUGAAAUAUUUCUAGUUUAAUUGUGUAUGUUGGGUGAUAGCACGAAGGCACAAUAAAUCACGUAUAGCUCCAAAUAAUUUCCUAUUUACUACCGUUUUUAUUUUAUUUUACUAUUUUACUAAAAAAUUACCUAAAAUACCUUAAAAGUUUUAUUUUCGUAUGUUUAAUUUGAAUAUUUCUGGUUUAAUUGUGUAUGUUGGUUGAUAACACAAUAGAAUAACUAUAAAAUUAAAAUAAAAUUAACUUCAUAAGUUCAAAGUUUUGAAGAUACAUAACAAAAACGGAUGGUAAGUAGGGUUUAAUUAAAAAAAAACUUAAAUUGUCAAUAACUUAAAAAAUAAAAAUGUAAGAUAUCACUUUGAAGGCAAUUUUUCUAUCAUUUUUGGAGUACUUUCAUGAGACACCGGAUGGUAAUUUCCCUCUGGACAACCUUGAAAGUUUAUAUAUUUGUUUAUUUAUUAUUUAUAAUAAUUAGGUUCAUAGGUUAGAUGAAUAUAUCAAUUAAAACUGAAGACUUAAUAUGUCCUAUAAAAAUCACUUUAAAAAGGUAUGAAUGUAUAAAUAUGUAUAUAUAUAUAUAUGUGUGUAUAUUAUUGCUACCAAUUGCAUACAAAUAUUAUUUGUUGCAACAUUUUGAGGUUUAUGAAAAUUUCAUUGUUGAUAAAAAUUCUUAGAAUACACCCUGUUUCGCUGGUAUUCAACAACUUCCCAAAGUUUCAUGGCGAUCGGACGAAUGAUGUAUAGUAAUGCAUAAAGGACAAACAUAUAUACAUUCGUUAUUAUACACACACACACACACACGCACACUCACACACACAUAUAUAUAUAUAUAUAUAUAAUAGAAAGAUUUGUUUAUACUUCAUGCCAUUAAAAUGUACUGAAAAUUGUUUAACUAUAUUAUCCAUACGCUAUACCUAUUCAAUUUUAUUGUUAUGAUUUUCAGAAACACUUCGUAAGUAUCCUCCAAGUUUCGCAUUAUUUAGAAAAGCUGCUCAGACCUAUCGCGUACCUAACGAUUCAUUAGUUAUUGAGAAGGGCCAAAAAAUAAUGAUACCCCUUCAUUCAUUGCAUUACGAUCCUCAAUAUUAUCCGAAUCCCGAAGUAUUCGACCCGGAGAGAUUUUCACAGGAAGAAAAAUCAAAACGUCAGAGUGGUACUUACUUGCCAUUUGGUGAUGGUCCACGGAUUUGUAUUGGUAAAUGUUGAGAAAUAAUUACAUUUACGAGAUGUGAUCUUGAACUCAUCUAAUAUGUUUAAAUUUUCAUAGGAAUACGUUUUGCUGAAAUGGAAAUGAAAUUGGCCUUGGUUGAAAUUUUAUCUAAAUUUGAAUUGGAGCCGUGCGGAAAGACUGAUAUCCCUUUAAAAUUGGGUAAAAAGGCUCUAAUGGUGUUGCCGGAAAAUGGAAUUUGGUUAAAAUUUAAAAAGAUUUCUAGUUAAGUAAAUAAUAUGAAACGUAAAAUUAUUUUUUAUGUAUUUAUUUUAUUUUUAUGACGAUAGAAGUAACUACAGAAUUUUAAUAAAGGAUUACCUAAACAUUAAAUAAUAGCCAAACAAAAUAAAAUGAACAAUAAAUUAGUGAUGUUAUGUUUAUUCGGAUUAUCCAAAAAUUCGAAUUUUAGAUAUAAAAAUUUGAUUUUUUUUUUUUAAUGUAUUAAUGUAUUAAAAUAUAUAAUUUUUG